AUGUUUCCUUCUCUUGAACAAGACACUAUUGUUGCGGAGGUGUCUGUAGCUUUCAAGUAUUGCUUUGUUUGCUGGAGUUUAGUAUUCGUUGCCUACACCUACACGAUUCUUUUCAGCUUGAUGCUUCCAUGUUCUUUCAAAUUGAAUCGAAGUGCGCGCUCUUCCCUGCGUGUCGUUCGACUGGUGUCCUUCUUGUUGACCGAGCCGGCUCGCAGCGUGAGGACGUUGCCGUUCCGUAGCGAAAGCGAGUUUGACGAAACAACUAUAUUUGAAAUGUUAUCGGCAUUCGUAUCCAUUGAUUUCUCUGUCAUCGCCGGCAAGCAACUACCGGCGGCAGCGUAAUCCUCUCUUAAUCCUGCGCAGGCUC